AUGGCCAAAGCCUUGUAUGACAACAUGCCCGAGUCCCCGGAGGAGCUGGCCUUCCGGAAAGGGGACAUUCUGACGGUGAUCGAACAGAACACGGGCGGCCUGGAGGGCUGGUGGCUCUGCUCGUUGCACGGCCGGCAAGGCAUCGCCCCCGGCAACCGCCUCAAGCUACUAAUCGGGCCCAAGUUCGAGGCCCAGUCGCCUGCCGCCCAGUCGCCCCAGCAGAGCUCGGCGGCCCAAGGCCUGUACCGGAUGCCGGCUUCUCUGCAGAGUCCGCAGCAACAGAGUCAGCAGUGCGUUUACCAGGUGCCCUCUGGGCAAGAUGUCUAUCAGGUGCCGCCAAGGAGUGCGCUGUCUGCUGAUAACACGCCGAGCAAGGUGGUGACCCCCACCCGAGUGGGACAGACGUACACCUACAGCCCGGGUCAGCACAACCAGCAGGACCUCUAUGAUGUCCCACCCAGUCGUUCACAAGGAGUGUACGACGUCCCACCCGGUCAAAUGUUAGCCUCGCCGUACCCCGGCCAGCACGGUGCAGCGCGCAACCAAGAUAUCUACGACGUGCCCCCGUCUCAAGCGGAUCUCAGGACGCAAGGACAAGACAUUUAUGACGUCCCGCCUUCUUCCCAAGCGGUAUACUCGGUGCCACCCUGCCGAGCCAACCCUGCCCAGCAGGAAGGCACCUACGAUUUCCCUCAGCCUCUCAAACAGUUGCAAGAAGGCAUCUACGACGUCCCCCCGCCCGCUCUGGUCAAAAGCAGCCCCGACCCCCACUCGGUGUACGACAUCCCCCCCAGCUCGGAACCCGCAAACCGACACCGCAAUAGUAACGAGGGCAUCUACGACGUUCCGCCGACAGCACUCCUGUCAGGCGGCGCGGUUUCUCCCAGUGACGUCUAUGACAUCCCGAGGGGCGCGCAACUCCCCCAGCACAGAAGCUCGCCUGCCGAGCGGGACAAGGGGGUGUACGACAUCCCCGCCGCGGACUCCCGAGCUGUGGCGGAUGCCACGGAUGGCGUCAACCGUCUGUCGUUCUCCAGCACGGGCAGCACUCGGAGCAGCAUGUCUACGUCAUCUUCCUCGACGGGGACCGGGUCGGAGGGCCGCUUGGCGCUGGACGUGGACGCGGCCCUCCAGAGGUUGUACCGUCUCCAGCAGGGCGUGGAUCUUUCGGUCGGGGCUUUGCAUUCGAUGGCGGCGUCCCCGCAUUGGAGGACUUUUCCCUUCAUGGAGCGCCACGCUAACGACGUCCGCACAGUUCUGGACAAAGUCCGAACAGGUCUAGGGGACUUUAUCGUGUUCGGAAAAGGGGCGGCGGCCAACGCCACGGCGCUUUCCGACUCGGCACUUCACAGCAAGCUGAGGCGGCAGCUUGGACGUUUGGAGGACUCGCAGCAGAUCCUUCUGCAGAUCUACCAAGCUUUGGAGAACAGCGGUUGGUCACCCAACACGCUGGCGUCCUCCGCAGCCGGCAAGCACCACAACAAAAGCGACGAACUGGACCGAUUUAUCAUGGUCUCCAGAACCGUGCCGGAUGACGCCAAGCAGGUGGCGUCCACGAUAGGGAACGGCGCAGAGCUGCUGUUCCGACGGUCGCACGCCGACGGAUCUUUCUCCGGCGGGAGCACGCCCGACGACAACGCCGGCCACGGGCUCACUUCGCCCUCCUCGGACGCCGACAACUACGGGGUGCCCAUCAAGCCUUUCCCGGUGCCGUCCACCCAGGACAAGGACAACAUGAACCACAGUGAGAAGUGCGUCAAAAGCUGGAUGGAGGACUACGACUACGUGCAUUUACAGGGCAAAGAGGACUUUGAACGUCAGCAGAAGGAGUUACUAGAGAAGGAAAACAUCAUCAAGCAAAACCAAGCUCAGUUGGGCCAGGAGCAGAUCCAGCAGUUCAAGAAGCUAGAGCAAGAAGUCAUCAAACCCGUUGAAAACGACAUCUCGCGGUGGACGCCUCACCAACACUCCGGCAGGACCGGCACCGGCAGCGCCCCCCGUAUGGAGACCCCCACGCCUCCAUCCGCCUCGUCCCGCACGUGCCCACGGGACCGCCAGCUUCUGGGUUUCUACUCGGAGCAGUGCGAGCAGCACUUUGUCACCCUUCUCAGCGCCGUGGACGCCUUUUUCAGCUGCGUUAGCUCUGGCCAGCCGCCACGUAUCUUCGUGGCGCACGGCAAGUUCGUCAUCCUCAGCGCGCACAAACUGGUUUUCAUCGGGGACACUUUGUCCCGGCAGGCCGCCGCCCCCGAGGUGGCCAACCGGGUGAUGAACUCCAGCAAUGUGCUGUGUGACUUGCUAAAAACGGUGGUGGCCGCCACUAAAACGGCGGCGCUCAACUACCCCAACACGGCCGCCGUCCAGGAGAUGGUGGACCGGGUCACGGAUCUUUCGCAUCAUGCGCAACAGUUUAAAGAACAGUUGCUUCAAAUGGCCAAAUGGUGA